AUGAGGGGCUUGAUUCCUCUCGCUCUUGCUGCCAUUGUCCAAGCUGGACACGUCCCCAGCCAGGAAGCUAUUGCCCAGACUGGAGACAUUUCCACCGAUCAUCGUGAUGACAGACCUACCGUCUGGAAACACAUCGACAUGAUAUCCGUUCCUUUCGUUCAUAAAAUAUAUCCAAACAACAGACCCGUCAUCCCAAUUGCCGAUGGUACGAGAGAGGACUGCACGGAGUACUCGUGGUAUAAGGAUUACGAGUUUCGUGGCCAAGAAAUUGAGCGAGACUGCUGGGGUAUUGCCAUGUUCUACGAAAUUACACCAGAGGUUUGUUUUCGCUGCCUAUGUUCGGAUCCCAUCAGAAAGCAUUUGAAGCUAAUAAUAAUGCCGCAAGGAAUUCAUUCUUUGGAACCCAUCGAUGGCUAA